UUAUUUUCAAUCUGGUUUUUCUCUCUGUUUUAGUGAAGAUGGCAACCAAGGCCAAUCCAUGGGAUGGGAAGACCCUGAAGCCUGAGAGUGUCAGGUCUCAACUGGAGACAUCCCUUGAGAGGUUACAGAUGAAGAGCGUAGACUUGUUCUACCUCCAUGCCCCUGACCACAACACCCCUGUGGAACAGACACUACGUGCUUGCAAUGAGCUAUACAAGGAGGGAAAGUUUAAGGAACUUGGUCUGUCGAACUAUGCAGCUUGGGAGGUGGCAGAAAUCUAUACCAUCUGCAAAUAUAACAACUGGGUGCUUCCAACUGUAUAUCAAGGCAUGUAUAAUGCAACCACUCGCCAAGUGGAAACUGAACUGCUGCCGUGCCUUAGACACUAUGGGAUGCGGUUCUAUGCCUACAAUCCUUUGGCCGGAGGGCUGCUGACAGGGAAGUACAAGUAUGAUGACAAAGAAGCACGCCAACCGACUGGCAGGUUUUUUGGGAACGAUUGGGCGCAGGUCUACAGGGACAGAUACUGGAAGGAGCCCCAUUUCCAAGCCAUUGCCCUGAUAGAGAAAGCAUUAAGGGAGGCUUAUGACUCUAACCCUCCCAGCCUAACUUCAGCUGCCUUUCGCUGGAUGUACAACCACUCUAAGCUUCAGGGUGCCCUUGGAGAUGCGGUGAUCAUUGGGAUAUCCAACAUGGAUCAGCUGCUGCAGAACCUCACGUGCAGUGAAGAGGGCCCUCUGCUCCCAGCUGUGGUGGAAGCAUUUGACAAAGCCUGGAACCUAGUGGCACAUGACUGUCCCAACUACUUCCGCUAGAAAAUGGGAGUAUAAUGGGGAUGGUAACGAAGUAUCUCACACCUAAGACUGCCUCACCCCUCUGGAAGCUUUAGAUUUGUUGUCCUCGGACCAGGGUUCCAGGUAGCGAAUGCAUUGGUGCCACCGUGGGGUUUCCUCGCACUAGAGCUGAAGCUCACUGUUUCUAUGCUGACUUUGAUUGGUGCACAUGGUGUCUAAGCCAUCAAGUAUUUUGCUUGUAGGUUUAAGAAAAGGCCAAAAUUGCUACGAAAACAUCCCUCAAUCGGGCAGCUCCUAUUUUCACCUGAGCGCACAAAAUAGUGUUGUGAGUCAGUGGCGUAAUUUGUAGAAGGAACUGGCUCUGGUUUGGCCAGUUGAAGUCUCCAAGGGGGAAUGUAGUUUUCUGGCUUCAAUCUGUAGAGAGUCUUCACUGUGAGAAUAAAGCAUUUUGCAUCUCAA